ACUCGUCAAAACAACCCACAACAUGUUUGAAUGUUGGGCAACCAACCACGCGCGACCGGCCGUAGAACAUUAUAAACCGGUGAUCCGAUCGUUUAUGCCAUUCCUAGAGCCUUAACAACAAGGAAGAGGAUUUCAGUCAGAUUUUGUUGAGUCAUCUCUGAGAAAAACUACCGCUGACAACAGCCUACCAAUAUGGCAAGUCCUGUCGACUCAAUGAAACCCAAAUCAGUCCGUCGACCCAAACAUUGGUCUGAGGAGGUUGAAGAGGCCUACAGACUUCAACUGGCGGGCUACCGAGAUGCUGUGGAAUACAACGCAGUUAAGGGAGAGAUCGACAGAUGGCCAAACUCGGGCUACAUUAAGAAGCUUCAACGUAAGGAUGGCAAUUACUACUAUUACAACAAGGGCAGGGAGUGCCCUGAUAAAGAUGUCAACAAGAUUAAGCUGUACGGAUAUUAAAGUGUCAAAGCCAUAACGGCAGGCCGUUGUGUGCGGACAUGACCCAACUCUUGGACUCUAUGUGCUACAAACCACAAGACAUUUAUGAAUUUAACUGUUUGAAUGCCAAAAGUGAUUUCCAUUUUCAAAGUGUUUUGCCGUGGGAUUUCAUCACACAGUUGGUGCUGUUUCCAGAUUAUAACACCACUCUUUCAGUAAAUCUAAUCACAGGUCUCUUUUGUCCCUAAAAUAUUGUUUUUUUAAGAAAUUUGAUAUUUAAGUUUAUAUGUGUCUUUAGCAUUUAGGUAUAGAUGUGACUUGUCGUACAGAGAAUUUCAGGGUAUUUUGUAGAGUAAAUUACGCUGCCCAAAUAUAGUACGGAAAAAAUACAUUCAGUGGCCACAGAAAUGUGUGUGAGUUAAGCCAAAACUGUCAAUACAUGUGGUAAAUUUGUCCAGGUUGAUUACAAGUUCACUUUCUAGAGAUUUGUGCAUGCUUAAACAAUUAUCUUGCACAGAAUGCUGUGUGCUAGUGGUUUUCUGUAACAAGUAAAUCUUGAUCAGCCGUGCUAUGGCAAAAGCUGUCCUCAUAAUAUUGUCCAUUGUUUUACUAAAAGUAGCCCAACAUAUUUCCAAUCAGAUGUGAAGGAAUGAAGAAAUUACAACGCAGACUGGUGUCCCACCUUUAAUUGUUAAUGGAUGUUUUUAAUUAACUGAAAUCUAUUUCUGUUUGGUGUACAUAUUUUUAUAUGAACAUUUUUUGCACUGUUCUAGCUAAAAUAAAAUGCAAUCCUGCCUUAAAAAAACAUCUUUGAAAGUUUUGUGCCAUGCUCAUUGUAAUGUAUUGUAAUGCAUGUACCACGAUAUAGUGAUACAGUACGUUCAUAUGAAUGUUUAUAAAACACAGUUUGCAUAUCUUAGAACAGAAAUGUCCUUGUCUUUGGAAAAAAAUACACAAGUCUUUUGAGGUCCGUCUCCAUAAAAACAUUCUUUGAAGCACUGUUUCUCAUACAUGUAGUUUUACACAAAGUGCAUUUGUUUUGAAAAGACCUCAAGUCGUGUGUGGAUUAGGCCAUGUCAGGUGAAGAAAAAUGAAAAUGCAGCCAUGUGGAAAAGACCAAAGAAUAUGCAUUGCAUACAGAGUUUAUGUGUGAGCCUUUACUCAAGACGCGCAUGGCUUAUUGGUCACACGACACACAUGCACCCUGAGUAAAAGCUGUUAUUGUAGGUGCAUGUUGUAGGGGUACCCGAGUGCAUAUGCAAGUUGCUACAGCAUUUUUAUUAUUUUUUUUCGUUUUCAUCUGUGCAAAAUCUUUAUAAACUGCUGCUAAUUAUUUGUAAAUAAAAUUUCUAGAAAUGUU